UCCUGAUUUUAAUAGACUGACACAUAAUUGAAUUACAUUUUAUGUUUUUCCACCAACAAUUUGACUUUGCAGCAGUUUCCGGUUUCUAGUUUUGUGCCACGCUAAAGCAAUUGCUUUUUUAAAAAAAUCCGCAGAGCAGGUAAAUAUUCUCCCCUAGCUCUUUUUAGGUGUUUUUUUUUAUAAGCCUCUUCAGGGUACAGAUGUGUUUGAUGCUUUGAUUCUCAGGUAGGUCUGCAGCUAUUGGACUUGUUAACAGGGUGGGGCUGUAGUCACUGAGUAUCAGGUGAAGGGCUGGGAUUGGAUAUACCUGUAUGGGUGGGGCUUUAGAUACUAAAUACCCGGAGCUAAGAUGGUAUUGGGUGCCUGUGUACUAGGGGUGUGAGUUUCUGGGAGGGUUAGACAGCUCUCUUUGCUAUAUAGCUCAGAUUAGUGCAAUUGGUUACUUGUGGGGAGCUUGUGGUCACUGGGGGUGUUUGGUCAGAAUCAGCAUGUUCCAGGACUGGAUCUCUCCCUAUUCCUGGGCUUCCAGUUGCCAGAGGAUGCUGAGAUCUUACUGCAGUAUGAAAUACUUCCUUAUCCUGAUCUCGUGUACAAUCAUUGUGUUUUUGGCCUCCAUGCGCUGGCAGAGGCCAGCUGAAAAUCCGAUCAAGGGAGAGAUUUCAGAGGCUCGGUCUGACCUGAAACUUCUGUCACCAGAAAAAUACAAGUCCUUGUUUAUCUACAAUGGAAUUUGGCUAGCUCCAAAGAAUCAGUGUGAAUGUGCCAAAGCCGACCAUGUGCAUGUCUACCAGAUGGAAGAUUAUAUCGAUAAGAAAGACCUUGCCUCAAUUAAAGAGAGGCGACAGAAGGAGUUUGAGCACUAUCAGAAAAGAUACCCCUCGAUGACUCAAGAUUUAGUAAUAGCCAAACCAAACAUGCCAUUAAGCUAUCCUAUUCAUGGAGUAGAGGUGAUGCCGCUACACACAAUUAUGAUUCCAGGGCUUGGUUUGCAUGGAGUGACUGAAGAAAAGUACCAGGUAUGUUUCAUGAUCAUCUCUGGGAACCUCAAUACGCUUGCUGAUGUCUCUGAUGAUGUUGAGAGACGGGGCAAGAAAGAACUGCUCAUCUUGACCUCAGUGGAGCUCCUGAAUUUCAUCCUUGAGCAUGUCACAUACACCAGUGUGGUCUACCAGCUCAGUGCAGUAGAUAUGAUGAGUUUUGAGAGCAGAGAUCAUGUCGCUCAGUUUCCUGUGAUCAUCCGACAGCCCAGCCUUCCAAAGCUAAUUGAUCCUGGAGCAGAUAGGAAGAUCAGCUCCCUGGUGACUAUCACGACGAAGACUUUCUUGCGCUAUCACAAACUUCGGCUCCUCAUCAAGAGCAUCCGACAGUACUACCCUGACAUAAAAAUCAUCGUCGCCGAUGACAGCGAAGUCCCGGAGAAGAUCGUCGAAGAGAACGUUGAGCAUUACAUCAUGCCUUUUGGAAAGGGUUGGUUUGCAGGAAGGAAUCUUGCAAUAUCUCAGGUCACAACCAAGUACUAUCUCUGGGUCGACGAUGACUACUUAUUCACCGAAAACACCAAAAUUGAGAAGCUAUUGGACGUGCUGGAGAGAACAAACUUGGAUAUGAAACAAGCCAGGAAAAUGAGGUCCUUGAAAGUUCUUGCUCUGCUCACGGUGUCUCUGAGCCUGGUUCUGACAGAGGAGAAUGACUUCAGUGCAAACCCGAAGAGUCUCGGCGCCAGAGCCGUACAGCGACGCUACUCCGAGGCCAUCCUGGCCAGCGAUUACAGCCGGACCAUGGAUAACAUGCUCAAGAAGAACUUUGUGGAGUGGCUGUUGGCCAGAAGAGAGAAGAAAAGCGAUAACGCCAUCGAUCCAUCCAAGAGGGAAGCAGAACCCCAGCUGUCAGCUGUCAGUGGUCAAGGUUUGGAGUUGGCCUCCCAAGGGGCUCAGGACUUUUUUGUCUGGCUUCUAAAAAACAAAAGAAAACAGAGUCUUACUGCUCCCAAAGAAUCUGAUCCCUCAAAAGACGUUCUGAGCCAGGAGCUAUUGGCAUGGCUGAUGUCUGCUGAUCUCUGUAGACCGACGUGA